AUGACAACACCAUCAAACCGAAGAAGCAGUAACCUUCAACCUGCUAGGGUACCAAAACUGGCUUAUCGCAAACCACUCUCCGAGGAUGAGGCCGCGAAGCAUGAAGAGCGCCUUGAUGAUCAACUCCGUCAGCAAGACUCAAAACAAACCACAGCAGCCCGCUCGAAUUCGACAUGGGAAUCAGUGAACAAACCUAGUGUUUUACCCAGUUCUAGUACGAUGUCAAAGAAGAAGAACUCGAUCUUUGGUGGCUUGUUCGUCAAGGAGCCUACCAUAAUGGCACUGGCUGCUGUAGAGGCCGAUCUGAAAGCCAAGCACGGUGCUGCCACUCCUCAGAAGGUGCCUCAUGUUAGCUCAAGGAAAAUGCCCGAGCAUGUUCCCAAAGUCAACAGCAAGUGGGACGGAGUGCCUGAAGCUGUCAAACUCCGUGAGCAGGAGGAAAAACAGCGACGACGGACGAGUCAACGAAGUUCAGUACUCUCUUCACAACCUGUUCGGUUUCCCAGCGAGGACGAUGUCGCGUCGGGCGUCUGCCGCGUGCAACCAGCUACGACGACGUCUGGCUCAGAUACAACAAGUCAGGUUGGUUCUAAUGGCUAUGGGAGACCAGAGUCCUUCUGCAGCAGUGUAUCAGCAGACUCUACCGAGAAGCGCACUCGACCUCCACCAUCCGUGCACGCGCAGUCUUUGAGAUCCCCUUCUGGAUCAAGCCUGCCAGAAAUUACCUCGUUCUUUCCUCAUCAUCAACAGGAGCACGGUCCUACACUAUCUGUACCACAGCAGCCGCAGAGUUUGAAGGGGGCAAGCGUCCACUCAACAGUAGUAAGCCAACAUUCACAGCCAGAUAGUGUUCAAUCAAGGUAUCAUGGUAAUCUUGUCGAGGUUGUCCCUGAGCAUAGCUCUUCCCCAGUCACAACACCAACGAGCGAACCGCCAGCAACUCCAUGUGAUGAUUCGUCAGAACCUGAUAAAGCUAUAGUAUAUCGAGUAAAACGCUCGAGUCGCAUCAACCCGAUUGAUGGGUUCUUGGCUGGAGAAGCACAACCUUUCGAGAUCAAGGACGACAAUAACACGUCUCAUGUAAAAUCCGAUUUGCCUCUUCGACAAUACCAACAAGCUCGUAUAGGUCGUGUGGAGACUGAUAUUGCGAAAAGACCUGAUACCUCGAGAGAUAGGCUAGGGUUGAGAGCUAGUAUGAUUGUCAACACCGAGGCCGUACCAUGGGAGAUUCAAGACCCCCAUGCCGAUGGUCCUCGAUCACCUGGGUCUGCAUCGAAAGGUCGUUUCAUCCCCAAAUUUCGGUGA